AUGGAAGCCACCGUUGACCUGCUGACCGGUGCACCGAGCGGAGCCACAGCCACCACGGCGAACGCCGGCGCGCUCGCCAACGCCACCUUGGCUCGGGACCCUCGCACCACAACAUGGCCGCUCGCCGGCAACCCGCCGCUCAUCGGCGCCCUCCUGCUGAGCUACGUGUACCUCGUCAAGGUUGGCGGGCCGCGCUUUAUGCGCGACCGCAAGCCGUACAACCUGCGCCGCGUCAUCCUCGUCUACAACGCGACCAUGGUGCUUCUCAACGCAUACUUCGUGGUCAACUUCCUGUCACGCUCCUACCUGGGCGGUGGGUACAGCGUGCUCUGCCAGGGAAUCCGCUUCGACGCCGACCCUCGCACCCUCGAACUGGUGUCCCUGUGCUGGUGGUACCUGCUGGUACGCAUCGCUGACUUCCUGGACACCGUGUUCUUCGUGCUGCGUAAGAAAGACUCGCACGUCUCCUUCCUCCACGUUGUUCACCACGUCCUGGUGGUCUUCAACGGCUGGUUCGGCCUCUCGUACGGGCCCGACGGCCAGGUGAUGUUCUGCAUCUGUCUGAACAGCUUCGUGCACGUCAUCAUGUACACCUACUACUUCCUAUCGCUGCUGGGUCCGCACGUGCAGAAGCACCUCUGGUGGAAGCGGUACCUGACGCAGCUCCAGUUGGCACAGUUCAUCGUCAUCUUUGUGCACAGCACCAUACCGCUGUUCAAGGACUGCGGCUACCCGCGGCCACACACGUUCAUCGUGCUCUCCGAGUCUGUGCUCUUUUUUGGCAUGUUCGUGCGCUUCUACCGCGGAGCCUACAAGAACAAGCAACCGGCAAAGGCGGCCUGAGAGCUAGGUGUACUUCAUAUGAAACUGGGUCCGAAAGUUUGUUUUAUGAUUAUUAUCAUCAUGGUAUGGAACAGUAUGCGCUGCCGUGUACGAGGCCAGUCAAAAAGCACUGCGGGAAUUCUCAGUGAUUAAUUGUCUACAUCAAGGCGUUCUUCGAAUAGGUAGGGCAAAGGAAAUGAGCUUAGAGCUGUUUCGUGCGAGAUGCCGUCUUCAAUUUCUUGGGCAGAGUAGCAGAGAAAGGUUUGCCGGUCACUUUACCAUGCACCGUUAGCCUGUUUGAAUGCUUUUUGACUAUAAAUUGUUAUUUUUCUGUCAACGUGUUAGCUUAUUUAGUACGAUUAAAUUACCACAUCGAUCAAAUUCACGGGUUUGACAAGCUCGUAUAUUGUAGGCGUGUUAACGAAUUGCCAGGCGUCUAUGUAAACGAAGUUCCUUGAAAUGACCUGGGACUUACAUAUUCUUGUACCCCUUUUUGACACAAUCACUAUGGUGGUUAUAACGCAUUCGUUAGCAAGCAUCGGACACUUUAUCAUUGUCCUGGGUGAUGCUGUUGCCAAAAUGUGGAGGGGACGUCAAUAAUCUUUGCUAAUCAGUUAGGUUUUUUUAAUACUGAACGUCAACGUUAGGUCCAGCUUUACUUUAUAGGACAGUGACUAACUUCUCAUGAUCACACCCAAACAGAGAAGGCUUGAGGCAUUACUCUGUAACUUCGUAAGACACAGUUCAACCAUAUUUCCUUUUCAAGCAAAGCCUUAGCUCCACGCAAGCGUUAUAUUGUAAUAC